AUGCCUUCUGCAGUGUCUGCCGGUGUCAUGUCCCCCGAAGUCCAGUCUCGUCAGAUUGCCAGUGUACCUGUGAAAGAACAUGCGAUGCCAGCCGGGCAUCCCCCUGAUUGCCAUGAUUCCCAUGCUGCAAGCCAUGAACUUCAAGGGGAAUGUGGGCCACUCCCCUUCAAAUUGCCCACUGACGGUUCCCGACCCAUUCAAGCUGCAACAUCCAACCCCUGUCCAGUCAGCCCAAGGGAAGUUGGAAAUGAGCUUACCAAGGCCAAAGAUGCCUUGGUCACUCUAGGUUGUGAGGCUAGAAUCUCAGUGCCUGAUGCAUCCCGAGAUGGUGAUCAAGAUGGCUUGAGCCAUGCUGAAAGGGAAUGUGGGCCACUCCCUUGCAAAUUGCCCACUGACGCAAGUAUGGUCUGGGCUGAUGAUGAACUGCGAUGGCACCUCGUCUCCCUGCUCACGACUAAGGCCCACCACGAAAGUGCUCAGGCUGUGUUGGAUCGCUGUGCCAUGAUUGAUCCGCUGUUGAUGGCAGGGUGGGUAGUUUUGCAUGUCCACACGUGGGACUCCUCAACGAAUGACCACACCAGUCUGGAACCCAUUUUUACACGCCUGGCAUCUGCCAUGGGGUUUGUGGGCCAUCAGACUGCCCGUUUGUACCGAAUGUUCCCGAUGGAUGAAGGUCCAAAUUCCGUUCUGAGCAAUGCCGAGAUCCAACCCUUUUUGGUUAGGGAAAAGAGCCGUCCAGAUGGAUUUGUCACUGGAGGGGAAAACCUUGCCAAGAUUGGGGUCGUAGCCUUGUCUGUAAUUGCUGCCAUGCCUGUUGGACCAUUCCUUCAAAUGCUGGGCCUUUGGUCCUCGGAUGGGACUCCUUCCCAAGAUGAUGGAGGAACUGUUGCUGGACCUGUUGAGGAGUUCCAGACCUUAGUUCAGGGUUCCAACCAGUCCGACACACUCACUGAGGGGUUGCCCUGCACGACAAGUGAUGCAAAAGGACGUGUGACAGCCCCUAUUAUGUGGAACAGGUGCGAUCUUGAGGAGUCGCCCAUAUGCCAGAUCACCCCGAAGACCACAGACCCAUGUGCGGGUGGUCGUAACCUUGAAAGCGGUCAUUUGGAUGCCACCAGAUUGGAUGAUCCCAACCACAACCCGUGCCAGCUGCAUAGUCUCCCAAUUCUGGCAGACCACCAGUUUGAUGCAGUGCGUUCUCCUGGGGAAUGUGGGCCACUCCCCUUCAAAUUGCCCACCAGUGGCAAGAAUGAUGUGCCCAAGGUUGGGGCAAUCACAACAUUGCCGGUUGGCCCUCCACCACCUGAGGAGGUUAGGGAAGCAUGUGCCUUGUCUCCAGCCAAAGCCGGUCCGUCUGAGAGUCGUAUUGAAGUCGAUGUCGUGUCCCUGCCCUCUCCUCACAAUGCCUGUCAGGUUGAUUAUGUCUCAUCGUCUUGCCGUCAAGCUGAUGGAGCUCGGCUUCAUCCUGGGGAAUGUGGGCCACUCCCCUGCUUAAUGCCCACGCAGGGGUUGCCCUGCAUGAAGUUUGACUCACAUGGAAGGGUGAUGUCCCUCAUGUCCAGUAAGAUGGGUGGCCGCGAUGAGCCUCAUGUCAUCCAGACUAAUGCAAUGACCACUGGCUCAUGUGCGGGUGUACGACACCUUGACCGUGCUCACUUGGAUGCCAACAGCCUUGCACCCAUCAACCAAUGCUUUUGCCGAGGGCGUGGUUUACCACCAUUGGCAGACCACCAGUUGGACGCAGUGUGCUCUUCUGGGGAAUGUGGGCCACUCCCCUUCAAAUUGCCCACUAGUAGCAAGGAAGCAGUGCCAAAGAUGAGUGGAACCGCCAACGUGUCUGCCGGCAACCUUGAACCUGUGGAGUGUAGGGCAGCAGGUGCCGUGUACCCAGCCACUGUCGCCUCAUCCAAGUCCAGUGCCGAAGUCCGGUCCAUGUCCCUUCAUGAACAUGCCUGUCUGGUUAGUGAUGUCCCCCUGUCUUGCCGUCAUGAUGAUGGAGCUCGUCUCCACCAUGGGGAAUGUGGGCCACUCCCCUACCUAAUGCCCACGCAGAGGUUGCCCGACGUAACUGGUGAUGCCCAUGGAAACAUGAUGUCUCCUAUUUCAUGGAACAUGUGCGGUCUUGAUGAGUCAAAUGCAGUACAGAACACACCAGCGACCACAGGCCCAUUUAAAGGUGGCCGAAUUUUUGAACAUGGUCAUUUGGAUGCCCAGAGCCAUGCAACAACUGACCAGUGCUCUUGCCAGCACAAGGUGCCGGUUGAAGGUAACCCCAAUUUAGAGGCACAGCCGAUGUCAGUGCAAGAACGUUCCCAGCUCCUGGAAACCCAGGGCCACUUCUGGGCUGAUGAUGAGAUCCGUUGGCAACUUGCCAACCUGUCGACCCAAUUGAGAGAUGAACUCAAACAGAGUGGUUCUUACCCGAAUUGGGUAAUCCUUGACCCCUUGCUCCUGGAUAAUUGGAUCCAGACUGAAGGGAAAAGCUGUGCAGCGUGGGCCAAUUCCCACUGCCCAUUGCCUGAAGUUGUGAUUGCGGUUGUUUUUGCACACUUAGCCAGUGCGCUGCGCUUAUCAGGGUUUCAUCAUGUGAAGUGGCCUCAGAACUUGGAGGUUGAUGACUGCUGUGGCCCGCUGGCCAUUGCCUUUAUUGCACGAAUCAUGCUCGGAAGACCCCUUCCGACCACACAUGCUGAAGUGUUGGCUCAACAUGACACUGCCCGAGCUCAGUUUCAAGAAGGCAUUCAACACCAUGCCAUGUGGGUCAGGCCCUUGAUUUGGGCUAAUGGCCUUGCGACUCAAGCUGAGCAGGAGUUGAUCCCAGUGUUGAUUGACCAUGGAGUCCCCCACGAACAUGCAGGGACAAGAGCCAAAGCAGCCGUGCGGGCCAUUGGAGCACAGCCUGUGCUUACUGCCUUAGGCUCCAGGAUUCCUUGGAAACAACUCAAAACAUUGGGAAACCAAUCCAAGUUCCAGUUCCUGCUGCCUGCUGAACUCCAGUCGAAGAUCACUGAAGCUGCAGGCAAAGGUGAUAUCGGAAGACCCAAAGGUGGAAAGAAGAGCAAGAAACCACCGCCUGAACAACCGCCAGUUGUUCUUGACCCAUCCAAGUUUGCGAUUUCACAGGGUGUUUUCCAGAGCAAUUCCCAGCCACUGCACCAAAGACCCUUGAAAGCUGUGGGACCUGCCACUGAAGGCGUUGUGAUUGUCACUAAGGCUGAAGCAGCACCCUACUUGGCACAGGGGAAAGCAGUUUCAAACUUGCCGCUUGCACUGCUAGUUCUGCAAUGUACCUUGGCUGAGGUGACGACCUCGCUGCCACACCAAGCUGUGACAGUGCCCUGCCAUUGUGUGGUUAACCAAGAACCGAUGCUCAUUGACAUGGUCAUGGUUCAGAUAGGUUCUGGUUUGGUUGAGAAAACCCAGGCCUCUCGCAAGAUCCACAUUGAUGCCGUUGACGUUGGCACAUUGAGAAUCACAGUUUUCAGAGAUGAAAUUGAGGGUACAUGGGAACACCUGACCCAAGGUCCGAUGAAGUAUGUUGUUCACCAUGUACCGUUGCUGCGAAUGUGCCGUGAACCCGGAUGCCAAUGUCCACAUUGGCACAAUCACGAAAAGGUUGACACCAAAGAUGCCUUACUUGAUGUUUGGCGCCGUCAAUACCUGCGCAAUGGCUACAAGCCGGAGCCUCCCAGCAGUGCCACUAUGUUUGCGGUCAGCAUCCGAGUGCCAAGUUGCCUAGUGUUGCCCCUACUUAAGCUCAGUGGAACAGCCGGCAUUUAUGUCGAGCCUCGAUCCCUGGACUCCCGGACAGUCCAUGAGGAUUAUGCCAUUGUGUGGUUGACUCGCCUGCAGCCAGCUGCACUGAAUCACCUGUGCCAAACCAAUCCCACGGCUAUUGGUCUUGCCCGGGUUGGUGAUCGCAUUGGGUUACGCACCCUGGCGAUCCAUGCCAGUGAUCUGUCUAAAGCAGUCAGACCAGAUGCAGUGUACCUGCCUGCAGGACCCAAACAACAGUUCCUCGCAGGACCGUUUCCCUUUGGAACUGACCGAGGCAGCUUGACCAAAGCCCUGCAGCAGAUUGACUGGGAAGCUCGGCCCUUGCAGCCACUUGCCUCAAUUGACAACAAAGGGGCGAUGUGGCUCAUCCAGGCCACUGAUGAUCCCCCAGCCUCACUGCUAUCAAUGGGACACGGAGAUGUCAUGAUUUCCAAACACAAGGGCCCCAGGGAUGCCAAAGAGACCAAAGCAAGGCCUGUGGCUACGCCAGCUACAAUAGCCCUGUGCAACACCCAGACCUCGCAAACAACUUUGCCGGAUCUUUGGGCUGCUGCUGACCCCUGGGGAUGGUAUGCACCCUCAAGCAUGUGCCAAACAGAUGCAUCAGAGGGACUGAAGCAACUUGAAUCCAAGAUCCAAAAAGCGGUCCUUGCCAGCCUCCCAGCUAGCUCCAACCAGAUGGAAGUUGAUGAUGUCCCGGAUCGGGUCCAGGCCCUUGAGCAGCAAAUGAGCACCAUGAUGCAGAAACAUGCCCAGCUUGAGGCCACAGUCACUGACCAUGCUGCACGACAUACUGCUCAGCUUGGUUCAGUGCAACACCAACUGCAAACGCAAGGUGCUGAGCUCAGAGGACACAUUGAGUCCCAGCAACAGAACCUGCAGGCUCUCUUCGAGAGUCAGAUGUCUCAGAUACGCAGCCUGCUCAAACGCCCGAGGGAGGACCAUGAAUGA